AUGAAAACUGUACGAUUUGAAUGGUUUUCGAAUAAACGUGAUGCAAUUGAGAAAAAUCCAGAAGUCACGUUAUCUGAGCUUUACAUUCAUCGCUACGAACCCGCCUAUUGCGAAAGAACCCGAAAAUCAGAUCAUUUUUCUUGUCUGAAGGCAAUUUUCCGAUUGAAACGUGAUGUUGGCUUUCACAUCACUCAGACUUACAUACCAACUUCACUGGCACUAAUGGGUACUGUUGGUGUAUGGCUUCCUGAAGAAUUCAUGGAAAGACGUAUUGGCGUUGUUGCAAUCACUGUACUUCUAAUCUUAUCGACGGAAUCAGCCGGUGCUCGCGAACAUCUUCCAAGUGUUUCCUACAUGAAGGCAAUCGAUUUGUGGUUUGGCUUCAUCACAGCUUUUGUAUUCAUCACACUUCUCCAAACACUCAUUAUUAUUGCACUGGAUAAACGGGCCAAGCAAUUGAGAAAAUCGGCAGCGAAGAAAAAAAGUGAAUUAACAGAGCAAUCACGGGAACUAAUAUUGGUUAGAGCUGAGCGAUACCAGAAACGUGGAAGGUAUUUCGAUAAUUACUGUUGUUUAUUCCAUCCACUAGGAUUUCUGAUAUUUCUAAUCCCAUACUACUUCGUGUUUACCGAAGGGCGACAAAAUGACUGCGUUGUAACUGGCCGACAAACAUGA